GCGGGGAAGUGAGAUAACCAAUAGUAGAGGCGAGGGUGGCGUCAUCCAACCCGCGCCGCGCAUUCCACCUCCUGCCAGUGUGCUCAGUACCUCCUCGCCAGCCUUACCUCCCUCAACCUCACGCCUUCCACACAGUCACCAUGGCCGAACAAGAAGACCUGGCCACUGCGAUCCUGAAGGAGAAGAAGAAGCCAAACCGUCUGGUGGUGGAGGAUGCCGUGAACGAUGACAACUCGGUGGUGGCACUCAGUCAGGCCAAGAUGGAUGAGCUGCAGCUGUUCCGAGGCGACACCGUGCUCAUCAAGGGCAAGAAACGCAAGCAGACUGUGUGUAUCGUGCUCUCCGACGACACAAUGAGUGAUGACAAGAUCAGGAUGAAUCGUGUGGUGAGGAACAACCUUCGCAUCCGCCUGGGGGACAUCGUGGCCAUCCAGCCAUGCCCGGACGUGAAGUAUGGCAAACGCAUUCACGUCCUGCCCAUUGAUGACACAGUGGAGGGCCUCACUGGAAACAUCUUUGAGGUGUACCUCAAACCGUACUUCCUUGAGGCAUACCGUCCCAUCCACAAGGGCGACCUGUUCCUGGUGCGUGGUGGAAUGAGGGCGGUGGAGUUCAAAGUGGUGGAGACUGACCCGGCCCCUUACUGCAUCGUCUCACAGGACACCGUCAUCUACUGUGAGGGAGAGCCGGUCAAGCGAGAGGAGGAGGAGGAACAGCUGAACGAGGUGGGAUAUGAUGACAUUGGAGGUUGCCGUAAGCAGCUGGCACAGAUCAAGGAGAUGGUUGAGCUGCCUCUGCGCCAUCCAUCACUCUUCAAGGCUAUUGGUGUGAAGCCCCCUCGAGGUAUCUUGCUGUACGGCCCUCCUGGUACUGGCAAGACACUCAUCGCCCGAGCUGUGGCCAAUGAGACUGGAGCAUUCUUCUUCCUAAUUAACGGGCCUGAGAUCAUGUCCAAGCUGGCCGGUGAAUCAGAGAGCAACCUGCGGAAGGCAUUUGAGGAGGCCGAGAAGAAUGCCCCGGCCAUUAUCUUCAUUGACGAGAUUGAUGCCAUUGCCCCAAAGCGAGAGAAGACCCAUGGGGAGGUGGAGCGCCGCAUUGUGUCGCAGCUCCUCACCUUGAUGGACGGCCUCAAGCAGAGGUCUCAUGUUAUUGUCAUGGCCGCCACCAACAGGCCUAACUCCAUCGACCCGGCCCUCAGGAGGUUUGGCCGCUUUGAUAGAGAGGUGGACAUUAGCAUCCCAGACACAACCGGGCGUCUGGAGGUGCUCAGAAUCCACACCAAGAACAUGAAGCUCUCCGAUGAUGUGGACUUGGAACAGAUCGCAGCCGAGACGCAUGGCCACGUAGGCGCUGAUCUGGCCGCCCUGUGCUCUGAGGCGGCCCUUCAGCAGAUCAGGGAGAAGAUGGACCUUAUUGACCUUGACGAUGAUCAAAUUGAUGCUGAGGUGUUGAACUCCCUGGCUGUGACAAUGGAGAACUUCAGGUUUGCCAUGGGUAAGAGCACCCCGUCGGCCCUCAGGGAGACUGUGGUGGAGGUGCCCAACAUUACCUGGGACGACGUUGGUGGCCUGGAGAACGUCAAGAGGGAGCUGCAGGAGUUGGUGCAAUACCCCGUGGAACACCCAGACAAGUUCCUCAAGUUUGGUAUGACGCCCAGCAAGGGAGUCCUCUUCUAUGGACCCCCGGGAUGUGGUAAGACGCUGCUGGCCAAGGCUAUCGCUAAUGAGUGUCAGGCUAACUUCAUCUCCAUCAAGGGCCCCGAGCUGCUCACCAUGUGGUUCGGCGAGUCUGAGGCCAACGUGCGAGAUGUGUUUGACAAGGCCCGUUCUGCUGCCCCCUGCGUGCUGUUCUUUGACGAGCUGGACAGCAUUGCCAAGGCUAGGGGUGGGUCGGUGGGUGAUGGUGGUGGCGCUGCGGACAGAGUUAUCAAUCAGGUCCUGACAGAGAUGGACGGCAUGGGGGCUAAGAAGAAUGUGUUUAUCAUCGGUGCCACCAACAGGCCGGACAUCAUUGACCCAGCCAUCCUGCGUCCCGGCCGUCUGGACCAGCUCAUCUACAUCCCACUGCCUGAUGAGAAGUCUCGCGUCCAGAUCCUGAAGGCCUGUCUCCGGAAGUCCCCCGUGUCCAAGCGUGUGGACCUGGAUUAUCUAGCUAAGGUGUCACAUGGGUUCUCCGGCGCUGAUUUGACCGAGAUCUGCCAGCGCGCCUGCAAGCUUGCCAUCAGACAGGCUAUUGAGGCAGACAUCCGCCGGGAGAAGGAGAGGGCCGAGGGUGACAACAUGGAUAUGGAGGAGGAGGACCCAGUGCCAGAGAUCACCCGGGACCACUUUGAGGAGGCCAUGAAGUUCGCCCACCGCUCCGUCUCGGACAAUGACAUCCGCAAGUAUGAGAUGUUCUCCCAGACGCUACAGCAGAGUCGUGGCUUUGGAUCAAACUUUCGCUUCCCCGACCAGCAGGGGCAGGGCGGCACCAGUCAGGGCGGGAACUUUGGCAAUGACGGGGAAGACGACGAUCUCUAUUCCUAAGUUCCAUUCCUCCCUUAUCCAUCCUCCUGUGAGCCCCUGACCUGCUGCCGUUACUGGUGUUGCUGCCACCACCACCACUACCGCCACCACCACUGCUGCUGCUGCUGUCUGUACUGCUUCACUUCAUGGGGUCAGGAACACCACCACAGCAGCAGCAGCAGCAGCAGGAAUGGCAGUGAUGACCACAUUAACACAACACAGCCAUGUUGUUCCUCUGUGAAGCAGAGAGAGAAAGACUAAAGGGACACAGAGAUUAGUAUAAAGUUAAGUUGUGUAGGGAUGUUGAGUACACUUACAUACACACAUACUACAUACACACACACACAUACACUCACCUGCAGUUGAGCCAGUGUGUGGCAUGCCGUGCAGGGGAUGCAGUUACUUAGCCAGCUGGCCAGCACCGCCGCGGCCAGACCGUGUCGGGCGUGGCCAGCGCAGCGUUGGGCAUGAGCUGCUGGUCAGGGUACAUACUAGAGUAAGGGCGUCCAGCAGUGUACAGGGCACCGGGGACUAGGCAUCCCCACCGCCCUGCCCUCCACUACCAUCAUCACCACCACCACCACCACCAGGCACCCUUACCUCACCCCGGCAGGAGGAGGGGCAGGGCAGCCGGGCGGCGGCGAGAUGACCGGCCGCCAGCUGAGGUGUUUUAUAUCGUAGACACUGUGGUGUUAUUUUUGUGUAUCUAGGGAAAAGAGCAAGUGUUUGCAUUCUGGUUAAUCCAUUUAGGGCUCAUGAGUUAUUCCUAGGAUUAAGGGUUUUCUUUCAACUUCUGUUCUUUUUUAUUAUUAUCUUCCUUCAGUCUUCUCUGCAGUUUUAGUUCCAUCUUGUAAUGUGAGUGUGAGGCCGCUGUGUGGCUGUGUGCCGUGCAGGUGAGGGUGUGUCCAGGUGAAGACAGCCUGAGAUGCAAGGUGUCUGUGUAUCAUAAUUACCUGUUUAAGUGUUGAUACAUAAACUUAACCUUUUCUUACACAUUAAAAGAGAAGUCUUGA